AAUACGUGGCCUCAAAGUGCGCAUGUGUCGCGGAGCUCUGCACCGGAAGCUGAGUUGUCGCUUUUGUUUUGGACGUUGACAGGCACGUGAGAUGCUGACGUCAUCAGAAGACAGGCAGACAACAUGGCGGCGGAGCCUGUUCAGAAGGUUCUGUUCGAACACGACGGCGUCUUCAUUCAUCCGAGAAGCGACGAAGACGCCAUUGAGCAGGAUUUACUUUCUGGGUCACUUCGAAUCGUUGACAAGGAUGGAGACAUUGCUGUGGAGUUCCGACCUCUGGAAGACGCCGUGGACCCGUCCAACAUGCUGUGUGCUGGGAAGGACUCAAGCUCAGUCAUGGCGUGGGCUCAGUGUUCGGGGUCUCAGUAUCAGCAGCUGUCAGAGACGCAGCACAGCUAUGAGACGGAGUGGGACAUGGUGAACGCAGUGUCGUUCAGGAGGAAACCCUGCGCCAGCAGAGACGGCGCUCUGAACCACGGCCACGAGCGGAGCCGCUGGGCGUUCACCUUCUGCCUCAGUGACCUCCGGUCCGUCACGGUGAAGGAGGAAGGAUGGACCUUCCUGCUCUUUGAACUGAAGGAGUCCUGCACCGCCCUCCCCGCCCUACACUUCCACCAGGGUGGCAGCAGAGAGUUCCUGGACGGCCUGAGGAGAUUCGCUCUGCUCAGCGAGGCGACAGACGAUGACACGUGUCUGCUGGUCAGUUGUCACAACAGAGCUCUGUGUCAGUCCUUCGAGAACCUUCUGGACGACAACAGCUUCGGCCUCGUCCACCAGAAGUUCAGAAAAGACCCGUAUGUGACGACGCUGGGCGGCUUCUCCAAAGUAACCAACUACAUCUUUGAUGCUUUCCGGGGCACAGAGGAGCAGCACCAGCGCCCCCCGGAGGAGGUGGCCGACCUGCUGGGUGAAGUUAUCCAGGGACUGGAGAUCAACCAGCAGGAGGAGCCAGGCUUCGAGGUCAUCACCAGGAUCGACCUGGGGGCGCGGCCUCAGGUGACGAGGGCAGAGCCUCUAUCUGUAGAGGACUGGACCCAACACCAAGACCCGGAGGGGAGGAUGACCCGGGUCCCUCAGCUCAAAAAAGUCAUCUUCAAAGGGGGCCUGAGUCACGCUGUGAGAAGAGACGCCUGGAAGUUCCUCUUGGGAUAUUUCCCCUGGAACAGUUCACAGGAUGAGAGGAAAACUCUGCUGAGACUCAAGACUGAUGAAUACUUCAGGAUGAAGCUGCAGUGGAAGUCGAUCAGUGACGAGCAGGAGAGGAGGAACUCCAGACUCCGAGACUACAGGAGUCUGAUAGAGAAAGACGUGAACAGAACCGACAGAACCAACAGGUUCUACGAGGGCAUCGAUAAUCCGGGCCUGGUUCUCCUCAACGACAUCCUGAUGACCUACUGCAUGUACGACUUCGACCUGGGUUACGUUCAAGGGAUGAGCGACCUGCUGUCACCGAUCCUCUACGUGAUGGAGAACGAGGUCGACGCCUUCUGGUGUUUCGUGUCCUUCAUGGACCAGAUGCACCAGAACUUCGAGGAGCAGAUGCAGGGCAUGAAGACGCAGCUGAUCCAGCUCGGCGCGCUGCUCCGACUGUUGGACUUGUCGUUCUGGAACUACCUCGAGUCUCAGGACUCAGGUUACUUGUACUUCUGCUUCCGCUGGUUGUUGAUCAGAUUCAAACGGGAACUGAGUUUCCAGGACGUCCUGCGGCUCUGGGAGGUGAUGUGGACGGGUCUGCCCUGUCACAACUUCCACCUGCUGGUCUGCUGCGCCAUCCUGGACUCUGAGAAACAGAAGAUCAUGGAGGAAAACUACGGCUUCAACGAAAUUCUCAAGCACAUUAAUGAACUCUCCAUGAAGCUGGACGUGGAGGACAUUCUUCAGAAAGCAGAGGGCAUCGGUCUGCAGAUGAGGAGCUGCAAGGAUUUGCCCGACUCGGUCAGCAGCAUCCUGGGCUUUGAGGCAGACGUGCGUGGUUCCGACCCGAUGGACUCGGGUUCUGCUCCGGCUCCCAGAGCGUCGCCGCGGCGACCAGACACCUGCUCCGACCUCCACGGACACUUGAGGGAGACGACCUCUCACGCGGUGGCCUUCAUGUCGUAGUGACGGGCCGUGUGCAAAGACUUUCAGAAUCUUAUUUUUCUACUUUUCUUCUACCUGAUUGUCUCUGAUGUUUUCUAAAGGGGGCGGAGUCAAGGUCCUGUUCACACCUGCAGUUCACGUCACGUCAGGUGUGAAGAGGUGACAUCACUUCCUGAUGAGGUCAUCCACUCGAAUGAUCAUCACUGACGAGUCAGAAAGCUUUUAUUGUGACAGUCUGAGACACGUGAUCACCAGAGCCGUCUACUGAGAGUCGCCACAACAGAAGACAGAAGUCACAUGACUCGUGUUCCUGAACUUCAGAGACGGAACUGAGAUCUUUGGUGAUUAGUCAUCAAUAAAUGUAUCGAUUUACAAUAAAGCAGAGCGACAUGCCGAUGUAAUUGGUUAAUAUGUUUUUUUAAAUCAUAAAUUAUCCUAAAUCAUAAUCCUUGAACAUGCUGAUCAGAUUCAGAUGUGCUGAUAAUAAACAAUCUGAUUAUUGAAACGUCUCAACACAAACGAGAGGCUCCGUAAUCCAACUGAUGCUUGUCGUGACUCUCAACGGCUCUGGUGAUCAGGGUCUGACAGAAGAGGCGGAGCCACUUCACUGACAGACAAGACGCCACUGUGGGGGCGGGGUCAGUGAACAUUAUCACUCCGUUUUUCCCUGUGACUGUAUAUAAAGACGAUCAGUGAUCAAUAAAGACGAUCAGGGAUCAUUACAGACGAUCAGUGAUCAUUAGAGAUGGA